AUGACGACCACUGCCACUUAUACUCAAACUCAUACUCGUGCAACUCCAAGGCUUAUCUUGAGAACUACCAAUGAUAAUAACACAACCGCAUCGACAGCCUUGGUAACAGCUUCCACGUCUCGUUCGUCAUCACCUAUAAAGACAACUAGUUCUUCUUCUUUAACAUUACCAAGGCAUACUCGAAAACCUCGUUUAAUCCGUAAACAUUUAAGAAAGCCUCCAUCUUUUGAUACUUACCUUUCUUCUUCACAACCCGGACCUGUCAUUCAACCAAAUACACCUCCUCACACACCUCCUCGUUAUCCAAAGAGGUCUAACUCAUUAUCCUCUUCAUGCUCUUCGAUUUCAUCAGAGGAUAAUCCUAACUAUCCAAGUUUUUCCAGAGAAGAAUUAAUUUAUGCUAAAAAUACCCUGAAUCUAUCUACUAGUUCACUUAAUAGUAUUCCUCAAAUUCGUACACGAAGAAGUUCAGGUGCCACCAAAUCUGUUCGGUUUGUAAGUGCGGAAGAUGAUAAAAGUGACAGGAGCAGUAUUGCUACUGUAAGUAGUUGA